AUGAGUUCACGGUGCUUGGAGAUUGACCUGCUUCGUCAUUCUGCAUUCGGAAAAAUCUUUUCUUGCGGACACAAUGUCUUGAAAACUUCCGCAGCCACAAUUCGAAUGCGUCUUGCCUUCAUUUUCCUUUCCAGCACCUGGCUGGCUGUUGCCGGUCUCAGUUCGUCCACUGUACGAUUUGCGACCAUCCUACGAGACCCCGCAAAAUCUGACCUCGCCACCUCAAGCGACUCUAUUUUGGACAUCACAUUCCAAAACGUCAUGGACAGCUUCGUCGUGGGCUUGGUGAUUAUGGCCCUGGUCUCAGGCCUGUCUUCCAUCUUCGUGAUUAUCCUUGUGAUCUACCCAAAGUGGCUACAAGAGAACUGCACCGUUCAAUUCUCCUACCGUUGCAUUCAAGUUGUUGUGAGCAAGAUCGUUCUCUCCUUAGGAGGUUAUGUUGCCAACCACGCCCACGGCUUGCAGACAUUUUUCGAGUUUAUUGACAGUGAUGGCCACUUUCCAUACUACACGAUUAUGUAUUAUGGAGCCGUUGGCUAG